AUGCAUCAAAACUACAUCUCCAAGUCCGCAGAAGGUCUCUCCAUCACCUUUGUCGUCAUCUGGCUCGCAGGUGAUGCUCUCAACGCUGCGGGCGCUUGGUUCCAGGGUCUGCUUUGGACCAUGAUCAUCCUCGCCCUCUACUACUGCGCCUGCGACUGCGUCCUCAUCUUCCAGUACUGGUUCUACCGCAAGUACUACCACCGCGGUGUCAAGAUCUCCACCAUCUCUGCAUCACUCGAAGCGAACGAACGCACUCCACUCAUCGCAGACGGCAACGUGAUCGAAGACGACAUCUCCUCAAAGGACGAUGACGACGACGAGCCAUCGGUCCGCACUCAGAUCAUCAUGUACACCCUCGCCGCUUGUCUCGUCGUCGCAACUGGCGUAGCAGCAUGGUGGGUCGCCGAACACCACUACGGAUCCGACGACGAUGUCACACAGCCCAUUCCCAAACCCGAACCCGUCGGCUGGCGAUGGGAUGCCCAAGUAGCAGGCUGGCUCUCUGCCGUCCUCUACCUCUCCUCUCGCGUUCCCCAAAUCCUCAAGAACCGCACCACCAAAUGUGAAGGUCUCUCAUUGGCGCUCUUCGUAUUCGCCGUUGCAGGCAACCUGACCUACGUCGCCAGCAUCUUGCUCAAGAGCACGCAACGCGAUUACAUCGUCGAGAGCUUCUCCUGGCUGGUCGGCAGUCUCGGCACCGUCUUUUUGGACUUUAUCGUUCUCGGUCAGUUCAUCCACUACAGGAAAGCAAGGAAGGAGAUUCACAGGUUGAGGAGGUCCAGCAUCGCUCAUCAGGAGAGACAGAGCGUUCAACCACAGCCGGCGGCAUAG